AUGCCUACUCCCCAAGGCGUUACUGCUCUUCUCACACCAGGAGCGGUGUUGGAUAACUGCGUUAUCAACUUCCCUGGAGUUCACGGAAUCUCGAUUCAACCCGCUGAUCUUGCCGCUGGUGUGAUCUCGGCCGCCGGAAGUGGUACUGGAGGGGGUGCGGGGGGUGUGGCAUCGGCGGUAUCAGCUGGUAACUAGGAUAUCACCCUGCGUUCGAUGUUAUAAUAAUGGUUGGCUAAACCAGCUACGACAGGAGAUGCGGCCGAAAACCCUAGAAGGCGGCGGGAUGUCACUCAGAUCUCCGACGGUACAUAUCCCCCCAUUUCAGGAAAUAAUUCUUUCCACGGUUCUAACAAUUUCAUCAUCUAGGCCAGAUCCAAGUGGUUCCGGUUGCGGGCCAUACCGGCGUGGCCGCCCCUGGAUCUGUAUGGCCUGCUCCUGCUAUCGGGGCUGUUACCCAGAUUCCCGAUGGGCAGAUUCAAGCUCCCUGUGCGGCUUACCCCGAUGCUGCAGCUGAUGCCGUUAGAGUCGUUACUCAGAUUGACGAUGGACAAAUUCAAGCUCCCUGUGCGGCUUACCCUGGUGCUGCCGCUGAUGCCGUUAGAGUCGUUACUCAAAUUGAUGAUGGACAAAUUCAAGCUCCUGGUGCGGCAGAAACUGUCACUCAAAUUGCCGACGGCCAGGUCCAAGGUCCUCAGAAGCACUCUACACUCAAAACCCGCCAGAAUGGCUAUCCACUCCAGGUCACCCUUAAGGACGGUGUCUUGACAGACAUCCUCGGACGUAUUGGGUAUAUCGCCGAUAACCGUCAGCUCCAAUUCGAUGCUCCUCCUCAGGCUGGGGCAAUAUACACUGGCGGGUUCUCUGCUUGCCCUGAUGGAACUUUGGCCUUGGGCAGUAGCAACGUCUUCUAUGCUUGUGGGAGCUCUGACUGUAAUCACCCUCCCCCCUGAGUUAGACUAUCUUUAUUAACGGUUUUAGUCACCAAUCUCUAUGACACCCUGGUCUACCCAGACAAUUGCCGUCCAGUCAAAUUGUACUUCAGGUAAAUUCAAUGCAAUCCUGAGAGUAGGGAUUGGAGGGGCUAGGGGGCGGCGGUGGAUAUCAAUAGAAGCGAAAUAAAUGAAAUGUAAAUAAAGGAGAAAUAAAAGUCGGCAAACGCAAAGAAUCACCUACCUUGU